UAUGAGCGUGCUUUCGGAUAGCGCAUCUUGUGAACUCUUCCGAGGUAUAAAAGAACGUAACAUAGUGAUUCACGAACCCAUUGCUUUACGUAUUCGACCACUGGAACACGAAAUCAGAAGUGAAGCGGCUUUUAUUAUCCGGUAGCAACGAUGCGGUGGAUUACUUUGAUAUUAUGCUGCACGCUGGUUGCUAUAACAAUUGCCGAUCCGGAACCCAAGAAAUACAAGCCAGGCGCAGUGGAAAAAGAUAAAAAGACAGAUGCACUCAGUGAUGACGAAAGAAAAUUUUUACGAGAAGUCGAAGAAAAGUUUGGUGUAAAGUCUGAAGUUCCUAGUGCGAAAAAGGGAGAAGUAGAAAUAAAAGAAGAUGAAGAAAUAAAGAAGAGUGGUAAUGAUACGAAACCUGCAGAACAAAAAUUGACUUUCCCCGCUGUAAUUGCCAUUGAAAUAGUCAAUGAUACUGACUCUAAAUAUAAAGGAAAAAGAACAAUUGAUGCCAACCUAGGGUAUGGCUAUAAGACAAAUAAUGGAUAUACUUACAGUUAUUUUGGUAAAUCAGCGCAAGACAAAGGAAAGUUUAUGAUUUAUCCUUAUUCACAAGAAGAUAUUCCUGGACAUCAAACAAUCUAUAAUUCUGACUACAUGCAAGUUGGCAACAAGUAUCAAAAAACGACAACAAAUGUAGAAAUUCAACCAUCGCAAGCUUAUGAACUAGUGCCUGUUAAAGAUGAGCAUUCAUCUUAUGAUUAUAAGAAACCUGAGAUUGAAUUCAAGACUCCUUCUCCACCCGUAUCACAAAAAUCAAAUGAUGCACCUACAUCAACUUUGUACACUACAUACAAUGGCCAAGAAUUCUCAGGCUUAAGUGCGCAGUUUCCUACUUUAAUGCCGAAUUACUUUGUUAACCCCUCACAAUUACUUACCAAUCCCCAAUAUCAAAAUGCAGGAUUAACCCAAGACGUAAUAAGUUCACACCAGUCUCAGUUAGGUCAAAGAAUAGUACCUGUUUUAGUUUUAAGAAUACCAAGUUCUUCGAUAAAGAAUCCUUCAGCAGAGCUUUAUGCAAAUUUGCCUAAUAAUUAUCCACUAUCAUCUUAUCUUAAUAAUGUCAAUUUACAGCAGUUAGUAAAUCAAUAUUUCAAAAAACAUGGUUAUUCAUUCGCUCCUCAAAUCAUGGCUUAUCAAAAUUCUCCAGUGGCUCAAACUGAGAGCGAGCCACAACAUUACGCUAAUCCAUAUGUAAAACCUUCAUACACCCAGUCUGAUUACUCAGGCGUACAGUAUUCUGCUGUUAAACCAGUAAUGGCUAGAUAUCCUUCAACAAAUAAUCAACCCAAAUAUUUUGUGCCACAGUCUCAAUCUCUCUAUCGUCAACCAUCGCAACAACGCUAUGAGUACCAAUAUCAAUACGUACCACAAAUGGCUGGGCCGUCCCAUCACUACGUUCAACCUCAAUAUCAACAGCCGGAACAUGUACAGCAGUACCAAACCUUGCACACUACUGUUCAGCAGAGUGAAAACGUUCCAGAAUCAUACAAUGUUGAGUACAAGUCACAAGCGGCUAGCCAAGAAGCAUUGCCAGCAAGCUAUGAUGCCGCUAGUGUAGAGCAACAAAGUAAUAUUCAGUCAGGUCAAUCGUAUUAUUCCUCAGCCGAUACACAAGCGGCUCAGUACGAAGAAGAAGGAGAAAACGUAGGGUAUUCCAAAGAGGCAGUACAGUCAAACUACGACCUAGCUAAAACAGUUCCAUCUUCAUAUUCAUCAAGUUCAACAAGUCAGAAAGAUGCUGAAGUGUCAGUCUACCCCUCACGUCUUAUUCACACUGAACAAUAUGAAGAAAUCAGUGGGGGUAAUCCAAGUCAAGAUGUAUAUUCCUACCAAUCGCAAGCCGCCGCAAGUCAGACACCAAAAGGAUUUACGCUUUCCGAAAACUACCCAAGCAAAGAUCAUACAAUAGCAACAGUGUUUCCGUAUCCAUAUAAUGCUCCGCAGAAGCCGACACAAACCGUUCAAACUGUAAGCUAUGUUACUCCUAUGCCAUCUGCAAAAUAUCAAUCUCAAUUCAGAAUCAUGGUACCACAAAGAGUAUUCAAAUCACCCUCGAGUGAAAAGGUUUCUUAUGUCAAUUCGAUGCAUUAUCUUCAAGCAGGGCGUUAUACUCAAGAUCUAAAUCCUGAAGAAGAAUAUUCAGUUAGUUCACAAUACGUACCAGUAGCAAGCAAACCUUCAUAUUCUCGUAAUUACCACUCUCUUCCGAAAAGAAUGUCUAAACCAGACAAUAAAAUGGAAUCAUCUGUGAAAGUAGCAGUGAAGAAACAAAGCGAGAGAAGUGAAAAGAAGUCGUCGUAAAUGUAAAAUUGUGGCAAAAAUGAACUGUAAAUAUAGAUGGUAAUUAAAUGUAGUCAGAGUAAUGUCAUAUUUAUACUUAAAAGUGAAUUGUUAACGAUAGCAUAAGAUUAUAAUAAAAUGUUAAACCUA